AUGCGUACUUCGAGACAACAAAUGAUGAAUAAUUGGCCUCCACCUUCAACCAAUAUUGCGAAUCCCUCAUAUGGCUUGCUAUAUACAAUGGCCGAAUCCGUUAGUAUUAUAUUGGUUGUUGGUGAUAUUGACAUAAAGAAACACACGACAACCUUUAAAGAACCAACCAAAAAUAUAGAAUAG